ACAAAGACACGAAUUCUCUUACAAGGAACAAUCUUUUCUCUCUCUCCUCUCAGUCUCUUUGCAAAGAGAAAGAGAUCCCAAUGUCUUCCACCAUCUCCCCAACUUCCAUUGCUUCAACCUAAAGCCUCUUAUCCAAAUUAUCAUCAUCAUCCAUGUCCCCAUUUGUACUCAUUAUUAUUCUUCAUCACUAACUAAAGCAACAAAGUGAACAGAGAAGAAUUGUAAUCCAAGUCAAAGAUUUUCAUAUAAAGAAACAGCCAUGGAUGUCAACAGUAGACUAGCAGGAACAAAGAGUGGAGCAGGAUUUGUAGCUGCAGGCUCUGUUUGGGAAACCAGAAUGAAGAGUGAUGAAGUUAAAGGAGGAAUCAAAGUCUUCAAUGGAGAAGAAAGCAACAACAACAAUAACAAUCUUGAUGAUCAUGAAAAUGCUGAUAGUAAAAAGGCCAUCCUGAAGAGAGGGCAAACAAAGAGAAAGACAUGGAAAUCUGAAAGCUUUGAGGGUCCAAUUCAGGUUGCCAAAGGGAAGAGCAGUGUUGAUGAUGGAGAAUGCAAAAGUCCUGUUUUGGUUAAGAAAAGGAGCCCCCCAAUUCAUAAUAAGAAGACAAGAUCUGAGCUUGUAAAGUCAAAAUCUGAACCCAUCAAUGGAGUUGACUCAAAAGGGUUCUUCACCAUUAUCAUCACCACUUCAAUUGAGAAAGGUCAAGUCUCAACCGAGCCAAACAAAAAUGAGAAAUUCCCAAUUGAGAAAUCUGAAGAAGAAAAAGAAGAAAAAGAAGAAAAAGGAGAAGAAGAAGAAGAACAAGUUGUGGAAGUGUGUCAAGAUAAGGCCAUUUCAGGUGAGGUGAAAAAUGUGAGUACUUCCAAAUCUCCACCUCAAACUUUCCCAGAUGUUGAAAUUGAAGACUCUGUUGAAGAAGAUGAAGAAGAAGAAAAUAUUGAUGAUGAAGACGAAGAGAUUGAGAUUGAGAAGGAGAGUGUAGACAUUAAAGAGACUAAUGUUGAAGAAUUGAAGCCUGAAAGAGUUGUUCAGGUCAAUCAAUUCAACAACAUAUCAACUCCCAUUCCAGUAUACACAGAUUUCAUAAAGCCAAGUCCAAGUUCAGUUGCAGAAGAGUGCCACAACUUCCCACAAACUCAUAACGAACUGCAGAAUUUAGUGGAUUUAGUAAUGUGGAGAGAUGUAUCAAAAUCAGCAUUAAUUUUUGGGAUUGGCACAUUUAUAAUGGUCUCAUCUUCCUAUACAACUGAUCUCAAUAUCAGCUUUAUUUCUGUGAUUUCCUAUCUGGGUUUGGUUUAUCUUGCUGUAAUAUUCCUCUACAGAUCAAUUAUUUGCAGAGGGUAUAUAGAUAUGGAAGAUGAUUCAAGUUAUGUGCUUGGAGAAGAAGAAGCAAUUUGGUUAUUAGAGCUGUUUCUGCCAUAUUUAAAUGAGUUUCUUCUUAAGCUCAAAGCACUUUUUUCUGGUGAUCCUGCUACUACAAUGAAGUUGGCAGUGCUCCUCUUCGUUUUGGCCAGGUGUGGCAACUCCAUUACCAUCUGGAAAAUGGCCAAAUUGGGCUUUUUUGGAGUUUUCAUUUUCCCGAAAGUCUGCUCUUCCUACUCUACGCACAUAACUGCUUUCGGUAAAUUUUGGAUUCGACGCUUUCGUGAUGCAUGGGAUUCAUGCUCUCAUAAAAAGGCAACUGUCGGUGCUGUUUUUACCCUUGUUUGGAACUUAUCCUCAACAGUUGCUCGCAUUUGGGCAGUGUUCGUGCUAUUUGUGGCUUUCCGAUAUUACCAACAGUCGAUGAUGAAGGAUGAUUGGGUGGAGGACGAUGCAAAGUUAGGGGAAGAACCAAGUAACGGUCCACAAAUUGGUCAACAAAAAGAAGCUCAAAGGCCCGACAAACAAGGGCAAAAGCCCAAUAAUGAAGGGAAUCAAACCCUUAGAGCAUGGCGCAGACCCACAACAAGGCAAGCAAAUAAAGCAAAGAAAGCAUCAUAAGAAAGCAAUUCCAGCCCUUGGAUUUUAUCAUAUGCUGUGUGAUAUGAUAUAAUAUGAAAAUUAUUUUUUUUAUUUUACAUAUAUAAUUUUUUUCUUCUUGUAAAUAUACUUUGUUUGUAGACAUUAUAUUUUCCCGUAACAAGCUUAAUUGAGCAACAUGAGGAAUAUAUUUUCAUGUUAUAUGAA